AUGCGGCUGGCGCUCCCGCAGCAAGCAGAGCGCUUCGAGACCGAGGACGAGGAGGGACGCACGUUCUGGGCCAACGAUGUGGACCUCGUCGCGAGGCAGUAUGAGUGGGAGGCAUGGGGACCGGAGAACUCGAGGCUCGUGCGCGCCGACGCCGGAGUCAGCGACAAGUACAGCGUGUCGCUGUACCGCGACGUACGUCUCGUCAUGGAAGAGGGCAAACCCGUCGGAUACGAGGUGCUCGACUUUUCCCCGGCUUCGGUUGAUAGGAACACGCAGCGGGACACUGCUCCAGAGGGCGUCGAGCGCACCGUGUCUGACUCUACAACCGUUCCAGCCGGGGUGUGGAAGGGAGACGUCGAGACCCGCCUCCCGCACGUCUGCACUCGUCGUCGGGGGGCAAUUCCAGGUCUCGCGGACGGAGAGUUCAGCAUUAUGAGCGACGAGCAGCGCAUCGUUCUCAGCGUGCAAUCAAAGCUGGACACGGAGGGGCUAGGGAAGUACCACCGCGACCAUAUCGUGAUGUCUCUCAGUUUAGGUGCACUCCCUGCCGGCCGCCCGGUCUACGUUUAUCCCAGGUCCGACUGGUCAUCCGCCUGCUGGGGACCACCGAACGUCGCCGCCGAGACCCUCGACGCGAACUUAUUCCAGGUCGGGGCAAAGUUUGCGAGUGAUACCAUUCAUCAAGCUCUCCGAGGGCAGAUUCCUUGGGACAAAGUCGGGAUAAACGGACUAUACCUGUCCAUCAUCGACGUCGUUCUCCAAGAGCAAGUGAUCUUCGUCGAUUCAAGGCUAACCCUAGGCGCGACCGUCUGCGACAAGAAACGGCAGUACGAUCAAUCAUCAACUUUCUCAACCCCCCUGCCAUGUAUCCAAGCUAUGAGCUAUGGAACGAAGCACUACUGUUCCGCGGCGCUGAUCGCCGGAUUCCGCCUGCGCAUCGAUGCUGGGACGUACCCGCCUCCGGAGGCUUUCGUCCGUGUGGACGUUGGUUUUCUGGGUGAUUACAUGCCCACAGCAGAUCGCCUGGCGCAGUACGGAAUGGGCAUCAUCACAGGAAGCGUUUCGGCCAAAGCGACGGAGGGCGAGUUGUUGGCUCGUGCGGGCCGGUGGGCAGCCGCGCAUCCUGGCCCGCUGCCGCCCAAUCCUCUUCUCAGUGGUCCGCUUCCAGAGCCAGUGUACCCCCCUCUCGGUCCUAUCCCGGAUACGAAUCUGGAAGUCACUGAAGCGGGGGGCCUCACCACGAUGAACGCCUGGCAUUCUGAAGAGUCCCCCAAGCACUGA